CUCCCCACUGGCUGCUGAGACAGCAGAGCGCAGACAGUGGCUGCCUGCUCGGCUCCGAGCCCCGGUCGGGGGGAAGGGACAGGUCCCAGAGGGCGGCCGGCUUGGUCCUGCAGUGGGGGGCCCGGGGAAGACUCGGGCCCCCAGCAGCACUCUGAUCUUCGUCCCACAGGUAUGAUGUGGGAGGGACAAACAUGGUGUGCCUCAUGCUGCACAAGGACGUGGAGAAGUUGCAGCAAGUGGACAGUCAUCAUCCCUGGCGGCCGCCCGUGGACCCCUGGGUGGCCUACCGAAAGCAUCGAGGGCACAAAUGCGGCGUGUUCUUGCUAAACGGGCCCGAAUGGCGCCAGAACCGACUGAAGCUGAACCCAGAUGUGCUGUCGCCUCAGGCCGUCCACAAGUACCUCCCCAUGGUGGACGAGGUGGCGAAGGAUUUCUCCAAGGUGCUGAAGUCCAGAGUGCUGCAGAAUGCCCGGGGGAGCCUGACCGUGGACAUCAAGCCCAGCAUCAUCCACUACACCAUAGAAGCCAGCAAUUUAGCCCUUUUUGGAGAGCGGCUGGGCCUCCUUGGCCAUAGCCCAAGUCCCACCAGCCUGAACUUCGUCCGGGCUCUGGAGACCAUGUUUAAGUCCACCACACAGCUCCUGUUCAUGCCCAUGGUCCUAUCACGCUGGACAAGCCCUAAGGUGUGGAAGGAGCACUUUGAGUCCUGGGACCACAUCUACCAGUAUGCCAACAAUGCCAUGCAGAAACUUUACCAGGAGAUGGCCCUCGGCCGCCCACGGCACUACAGCGGCAUCCUGGGGGAGCUGCUGCUGCACGCAGACAUGACCCUGGACGCCAUCAGGGCCAACUCCAUCGAGUUGACCGCCGGCAGCGUGGACACGGUCAGGCUAACAAGCAGCCCUGCCCUGGACAUAGCGCCUCCUGGCCACGGGCAGCACUACCUCCCACCCCCCAAGCCAAGUCCUGUUCUGAGCCGACAGGAGGCUCUGAUCUGGGGAGGGGGGCACGGGAACCAGCCCUUCAAGGGAAGGAGUUUGCAGUUCUGCGGGUGGGAUCUGCACUCCCUGCCCAGUGCAGACUGGAUGAGCCCGGAGGGACAAGCAGCUCAGACCUCACUCAAAGGCCUCAGUCCAGGAAGUGGGGAAGGGCCACAGUGUGGCUGGAGGGCGGCCUGCACAGGGUACCCUUCCCAGGGACAGAGUACAUUUGGAGGUGACAGGCUGGUGACUGAAGGGCCGCACAGGGCUCCAGCUUGGGGAAGGGAGAGCAGAUGGCACGCAGCAUGGGGCUUGGGGGUGCAGGUGGCCCCAGCGUGUGGAAUGCAGCCCCAGCUUCCGGCCCCUGCCCCCCAGGGUCAGGCAGCAGCAUCUCUGAUGUCCCACUCAGGGCCAGGCACGCACACCUCUGAGAGGAGGCACAGAUGUGCGGUGGGAAACUUCUUGAGCAGAGGCUGACAUGCAGCCAGAGUGAGGGUCUGGGGAGGCUGCUCGUGUUGGGAAUCAAGGUCUGGGCGGCCCUGCCCGUGGCUGCCCCGGGGGAGAGUACACACUGGCUGCCAACGCAGCCCUGACACACACACACCCUGAGAGGAGGGACCCAAGGGAGGGUCAGAUCCAGGCCUUCUCGUGGCUGGAGGAGGCCUGGAACUUUCCUGAGUCUGGGGAGACUUUCCCUGUGAGAUCCAAGGGAAGGACACGAGGCAGGUUGCAGAACCUGAGGUCUCGGGUCCCUGGGAUGAGUCCCUCUCCAGGCUUUCUCGCCCUGUGGACCUGGGACGACCCUGCCCCCAGGGGAGAGGUCCGCUGGGCCGAGGCGCACGGCCCUCACCCGGGUCCAGCCCUGAGCCCUGCGCCGUGGCCUCUGCAGACGUCCUACCCCCUCCUGAUGACCCUCUUCGAGCUGGCUCGGAAUCCUGAGGUGCAGCAGGCCCUACGCCAGGAGAGCCUGGAGGCCGCGGCCA